AUGGUGAAGAUGUCAGAAAAAAACACCCUCGCAGGGUCUGCCGCUCCUGUGGCGCCCCGUCUAGAGUUAAAGAAGGAUGAGAAAGAGAUACUCAAGCGCCAGAUUCAUACUCCAGAGUCUCAGAUGAGUCGCUUGGCGCUUCUAUACUCGUGCGCAACACCAUAUGAUUUACUCCUCCUGGUCAUCAGCUCAAUUGCAGCCAUCGUUGGCGGAGCUCUGCAACCUGUGUCUUUUCUCCUUUUAGGAGGCCUGGCUCAAGCAUUCAAAGAAUUUUUCAUCGGAACAUCCUCGGGAUCAUAUCUAUCAUCCCUGGUCGCAAGAUUCGCCCUGUAUUAUGUGUACAUCGCCAUUGGACAAUUUGUUUCGGUCUAUAUCUCAACAGCCGGAUUCAUGGUUGUAGGAGAAAAGAUUACCCAACGCCUCCGGGAGAAAUACCUCGCCGCUAUCCUUCGCCAAAACAUAGCAUUCUUUGAUGUCCUAGGAGCCGGAGAGAUCACCACCAGGAUCACCGCCGAUAUGAAUCUGAUCCAAGAUUCUUUGACCGGCAAACUUUCUCUGACGCUGUACUCCUGUUCUAAUUUCGGAGCAGCUCUUAUCAUAGCUUUCGUGAAAAGCUGGCGUAUGGCCCUUAUUUUGAUAUCAGCCUACGUCGCAGAGACUGGAUCUAUGAGCUUUUUCUCAUAUUUCAUGGUUAGGUAUACCCACCAGGCCCUAGAGGCCUAUGCAGACGGAUCGACAGCUGCCGAGGAGGCGAUCAGUUCAAUCAGACACGUUACUGCGUUUGGGAUUCAAGACAAGCUGGCCGAUAGGUACCAGAAGUUCCUUACCCAGGCCGAGGGGUAUGGUCUGAAAAGUCGCAUUGCGCUUGCGGCCAUGAUGGCCAUCAUGAACGGUGUCAUUUUCUGGACCUACGCACUCACCUUUUGGCAAGGGUCUCGCUUUCUGGUUGUUGGAGAAGUGGAAUUGGGGGCGCUGAUCACCAUCCUUCUUGCUACCCUGACUGGAGCAUUCACAUUUGGUAACAUAGCACCAAAUUUUCAAGCAUUCUCAACAGGUAUAGCAGCCACAGGAAAGAUCCUUGCAACCGUGUCUAGAAAUUCACCCCUAGACCCAUCCUCCUCCGCAGGGGACAGACUGAAAGCUGUGUCAGGGACAAUUGAGCUCAAGAAUAUUCGCUACAUUUACCCUUCAAGACCGGAUGUCCUUACUCUAGAUGGGAUCAAUCUAAAAUUUAUGGCCGGCAAGACUACCGCCAUUGUUGGUGCUUCUGGUUGUGGAAAAAGUACACUGGCCGGUUUGAUUGAAAGGUUUUAUGAACCGCUCAAUGGCGAAAUAAUACUCGAUGGCCACGACAUCGCGACUCUUAACCUGCAAUGGUACCGUCAACGAAUAGCAAUCGUGACACAGCAGCCCACACUCUUUGCCACAACUGUAUUUGAAAAUAUCAGAUUCGGUCUGAUCGGCACUGAGCACGAGCGUGCCCCUCCUAGUGUGGUAGAAAGCCUUGUCUUCGAUGCCGCGAAGAAGGCGAACUGCUUCGAAUUCAUUUCUGCGUUGCCGAGGGGAUUCCACAACAGUGUUGGAGAAAGGGGAUCAUUGCUUUCGGGUGGACAAAAGCAGCGAAUUGCCAUCGCACGAGCCAUUGUUAGCAAUCCGAAGGUCUUGCUGCUAGAUGAGGCUACUUCUGCCCUCGAUUCCCAGGCCGAGCGACUGGUACAAGCAGCACUUGAUGUUGCUGCAAAAGGUCGGACAACGAUCACAAUCAGUCACCGACUGUCUACAAUCACGGCAGCAGAAAAUAUUGUUGUAAUGUCUCACGGGCGCGUUGUCGAGCAAGGAACACACAAUGAGCUACUUGAGAAACGAUCGCUGUACUACGAAUUGGUAGAGAAGCAGCGCAUAUCGACAGAAGGAAAUACUGGCCCCAGUGAAGAAAAAUCAACGUUCGACGCAGAUACGGAAUUCCUGGAUUCGAACGAUUACGGGAAUAAGUCCAACAGCCACAUGAAUCAGAUUGAGAAGGCCCUCGUCACUGAAGACUUGGAGGCGGGUUCCGACGAGAAGGCUUAUAACCGCAAAUAUUCUCUAUGGGAGUUAAUGAAAUUCGUUGCCAACUUCAACAAACAAGAAACAUCCACAAUGCUUGCGGGUCUGUUCUUUUCGGUGAUCACAGGCGCAGGAAAUCCCACCCAGGCUGUGUUCUAUGGCAAGACCAUCUCGGCAUUGUCUCUACCGCCCAAUAUAGAUACCUCCUUCCGCGCAAUCCUCCAUCAGGAUAUAUUCAUGUUCGACAAACUAGGUUUCUCAACUGGUUCUCUUACAGCGGCAUUAUCUACGGAUGCUACCAACCUUGCGGGGAUGAGUGGUGUCACGCUGGGUUCCAUAUUUAUCAUUUCAACGACGUUGAUUGCUGGCGUGGCUGUAUCGAUUGCGAUAGGUUGGAAGCUGGGACUCGUCUGUACCGCAACAAUUCCAAUCGUUCUUACUUGUGGUCUUGUCCGCUUGAAGAUCCUUGGGAAAAUUGCACAGCAGUCAAAAGCUGCGUAUUCGGCCUCAGCAACGUAUGCCUGUGAGGCAAGCUCCGCCAUCAAGACGGUUGCAUCGCUAACUCUUGAAAGAGAAGUGCAGAAAGAGUACCACAGGAUACUGGAAACGCAGCGAAAGAAGUCUGUCAUUUCAACGCUGAAGUCCUCCACAUUUUAUGCGGCCUCCCAGUCGGCGAACUUCCUCUGCAUCGCGCUGGCCUUCUGGUAUGGAGGAAGUCUAAUCAUUCACGGAGGCUAUUCAAUGGUGCAGUUCUUCAUUGCUUACGCUGCGGUCAUCGCUGGUGCAUUCAGCGCCGGGGCAAUCUUCUCAUUUGCGCCCGAUAUGAGCAAAUCCCGUCAAGCAGCCCAAGACAUCAAAACACUGCUGAGCCGACCAGUCAGCAUUGACGCUCGCCAAGAAAAUGGCGAGCAGUUACCGAAGAUGGAUGGUAGCUUGGAGCUGCGCAAUAUCUAUUUCAGAUACCCCAACCGACCGGAGAGGAUGAUUUUGAAUGGCCUCAGCUUGACUGUCAAAACAGGACAAUACAUCGGUCUUAUAGGAGCGAGUGGAUGUGGGAAGAGCACCAUUAUUUCUUUACUGGAGCGAUUCUUUGAUCCCGAAGCUGGUCAAAUCUUGGUUGAUGGAAAAGACAUUUCCAAGUUGAAUAUCAAGAGCUACAGGAGUCAUCUUGCUCUGGUCAGUCAAGAGCCAACACUGUAUCAAGGAACUAUCAGGGAGAAUAUUAUCCUGGGAACCAAUGACGAGGAUGUUUCUGAGGAGAGAGUCAUCCAAGCCUGCAAGGAUGCUAACAUCUACGACUUCAUAAUCUCCCUGCCUGGUGGUUUCUCGACAGUUGUAGGAGCGAGGGGCGGUAUGCUCUCUGGCGGACAGCAACAACGGAUAGCCAUUGCGAGAGCGCUUCUUCGCGAUCCACGAAUCCUCCUUCUAGACGAAGCAACUUCUGCCCUCGAUUCUGGGUCAGAGAAGGUCGUCCAGGAUGCACUAAAUGCGGCGGCACGAGGCCGAACGACGGUCGCUGUUGCGCACCGGAUAAGCACAGUGCAGAAGGCCGAUUGUAUUUACGUGUUGCACGAAGGCAAUAUUGUAGAGCAGGGGAUGCACCAAGAUUUAAUGGCGCUGGGUGGAAGAUACUUUGAGUUAGUCAAGCUACAGGGCUUAGACAGCGUUUGA